AAUUAUUAUCAAAUUGUAUCAUGGUAUCGGAGCCUAGGUUUAAACCCUAGCCCUUUUUUUCGAGACUGUGCCUUCACCGCCGGUCUCCUUCCUCUCGCCGGUCGACCAUAAACGGAAACCAUGGCUCAAUCUUCAGAUCCGCUUGCUUCGCUUCCUUCUGGCGUCAAACUUCUUCUCCGCAAUCUCCAUAAUCUUAUCCCAGAGAAGCUCACUGAUUCAAAUUAUCCUGCAUGGUCUCUCAAUGUCAAAACUGCUCUCGAGGCCAACCUUCUUCUUGAAAGUGGGGCGAACGAGUUGAGGAAGAAAAGUGAGUGUGGGUCUGGAAGGAAUAAUGGGAAACUGGAGGGGUUUAAGAGAAAUGGUGGUGGGAGAAGAGUGGUCAAGAAGUGUGGGUUCAACAAGGGGUUGGAGAAGAAGUUCUAUGUCUGCUUGAAGAAGAGAAGAAUUAGCAGAUGUGCCCCUGGAAAAUGCGACAAAUGCUCUUCCAAAGGAAACUCAAUAUUUGGAUGGGGUGUUGGCAUUGGAAUGAUGUGCAUGAUGUCAGCCCAGAGAGGCGAAAUCAAUGAGCUAAACAUUGCAAUAGCCGAAACCUCAAAGGCUGUUGAGGAAUUGAAGGAUCAAAUUUCUCAAAGAAGAACUUCUAAACCCGGGCUUGGAACGAUAAUCUCAGAGGAUGAAACCUCAAAGCUGGUUAAGUCAUGCGCUGAGAACCACGACGAUGACAAAAGAAUCUUUGCCUUUCCUGUUAGUGAGGAAGGUGAAUAUGCAAGUAGUGUUCUUACGGAUGAAAUGCAUCCGGAUGCAAUGGAAAUGAAUCUGCUCCAAGCUGAGCUUCAAUCUGAACUUCAGAAACUCCAUGGGUGUGUCUCAGAUGGUUCUUGCUUUGGAGGAGCUUUGGGUGAAGGGUUUCAUUAUCAGCAAGAGGGUAUGAAUGAUUUGAACGCGCACCAAUCCAACAGAGUGAUUCCCUCUGAGCUGCACCAAAAGUUGAGCCAAGUACUGAUUGAACAACAGGAAAGCCAGAUAGUGGAAUUAGAGUCCGAGCUGCGAAACUCCCACCACAAACUCCAUCAGAAAGAAUCCGAGCUCCAAGCACUCAAGGACUGCGUUCGUCGUCUCACUGAUUUCUCAAUAGCCACUGAUUCAGACGAAGAGACGGAGGGCAACCAAGAACGUUCGAGGUUCAUUUUUGACGAUGAAGAGAAGAAGCAGGCUUUGAGUUCUGAGUUUAGGAAACCAGCAAUGAGUUGGAUGUUGGAAGAAAGUGAAAAACGUUGGAAAAAUUUGGAAAGAGAUGGAAAAUCUUCCGUUGUGUGCUUCUUCUUUGCCGUCAUCUGCCUUGCUUUUAUUUCUUCUAAUAUUGGAGUGACGGAAGGAUACGGGCUGUGCAAUUGGGCCUGUGACCCAAAGGUGGGGGAUUGCGCAACUCUGUGUAAAAAGCAAGGCUAUUACAACGGGUUUUGCCACGAGCUUGACGGCGUCCUCACGUGCUGCUGCCUCGUUUCAGCCCUUUGAUUUUUGCCACACUAUUUUUCACAAUUAUAUCAAAUUUAAUUAGCAGGAACUAGUAAUUUUAUUUGUUUUUAUAUACUCCAAUAUACUACCUUCCUUCUUUAUUAAUCUACAUUUUCUAGUGGCUUUCAUAAUAUAUUGAAUAAAAAAAUAAACACAAAUAUAGAAUGUGUUUACAUUCGCUUAUUUUUCAAUAUAUUGUGAAAGUUAAUUAUACGGAGUAAUAAAGAGUUAAUUCACAA